AUUCUUUAUCUCUGACGCCUGACUGUUGUCUGUCUGUCUGUAGUCCUUCGUCAUUUUAAUGACAUUUCGGUGUUUCAAUACUUCGAUUGUUAUCAAAUCAGAUUAUAUUUUAGUCUGAUUUAUAAAGCAUUAAUCACGGUCUAAAUUCAGUUUUAUUCUGUUCGACUAGGCAGACAAAUCAACAUGAAGUUUACGUUACUAGUUAUUUGUGCUAUUUUAGCAACAAGUUUUGCAUAUGAAAAUUCAGAUAUUGUUUCGGCAAGAAUUGAGACUUGCAGAGGAUGCUCACUGAAUCGUCUACCGGAGGUGAAAAGGUUUGUCAUGGAUGACGCUCCUAAUUAUGAGCGUGUGGAAGUUAAUUUCAUCAAUGGAGCUCCACCGGAGCUGGUGUUGCUUGGAGAAAAUGACCGCGAACUAGAACGCCUACCGCUGUCGCAACUGACUCGCCAGCAGUGCAAUGAAUUGAUCCAGGAAAGAGGUUUCACAAAGAAGAAUAAAGAUAAAGAGUUGUAGUUCCUUAUUACAUUAGGAAGUAAUUGUGAUGUAAUUAAUGUUAAGACUUAAACUUCUUUAUGUAACAUUCCUUAUUCUGCUAUUACGUAUCUAAGAGAACAAAUUUGCAUAAGUAUUAUACAAUCUUGGAUUAACACAAUCAUGGAGUGAAUUUAUGAUUUUAUUGAAUUUGAUGAAUCAUUAAUUAAUCAAACUGGUUUGUUAUGAGAUAAAAAGUCAGUCAUUAUUUAGUGUUGUUUAUUCAGAUUGAUACAUUUAUAUCCUGUUACAUAUUACAGAGAUAACAAUAUUCAGCAUGAUGUCAUAAUAGGGAAUUCAAUCUUGUUUUCCUAUUGUAGAUAAUAUAACAUGGAAUGCUAUCAAUCAUUUUAUUGAAUUUUGGGUUACCAUAUAUUGUGAUACUUUUUUAAUGUACCUACUUUACCAGACAGAAAUACAGUUCAAUGCCAA